CGACUCCGACGAGAAGCUACCAAAUUUCCUCCCAGCGCGCGACACCCAAAAGGGCGGGAAAAAUUCCGCGUACCCGCGCUGCCUUCCCCUGUAUAAAGCCCCCAAUCGCCUCCACCAUUCUUUCCGGUUCCCCAAUCCCCCAUUCCUCACCGCCCCAGCUACCGAUCCACCACCGCCUACCGUCAGAUGGGCCGCAAGGGCAGCAGGGCUAGGGUUUCGCGCGACGCCGACGCCGACGCCGACGCCGACGCCAGCGAGGAGGGGAGGGCCGCCGCUCCGGCGGCCACCGGGAGCAAGAGCCUCUACGAGAUCCUAGGGGUCGAGAAGACUGCUUCACAACAAGAAAUAAAGAAGGCAUAUUACAAAUUAGCUCUUCGUCUUCACCCAGAUAAGAAUCCUGGCGAUGAGGAAGCCAAAGAGAAAUUUCAGCAGCUGCAGAAGGUGAUCUCCAUUCUCGGAGAUGCAGAAAAGAGGGCAUUAUAUGAUGAAACAGGCAUCACUGAUGAUGAUGCACUGGUUGGAGAAGCUGCAGAUAAUCUCCAAGAGUACUUUAGAACAAUGUACAAGAAGGUCACUGAGGCUGACAUUGAAGAAUUCGAAGCUAAAUACAGAGGGUCAGAUUCUGAGAAAAAGGACCUGAAGGAUCUUUAUACAAAAUACAAGGGCAACAUGAACAGGCUUUUCUGCUCAAUGAUUUGCUCAGAACCAAAGCUUGACUCCCACCGCUUCAAGGAUAUAAUUGAUGAGGCAAUUGCUGAAGGUGAGCUAAAAUCAACUAAAUCGUAUGAGAAAUGGGCUAAAAAGAUCUCCGAGAUGGAGCCACCAACAAAUCCAUUAGAGAGGAGAGUGAAGAAAAAGAGGAAAAGCGAGGAGAACGAUCUGAUCCUAGCCAUCUCGCAGCGCAGGGCGGAGCGGAAAAACCAGUUCAAUUCCAUCCUUUCAUCCAUCAUGUCCAAGUGCGACCCCAAGGCGAGCAGCUCGGAGCCCACGGAAGAGGAGUUUGAGCAGGCGCGGCAGAGGCUGGAGAGCAAGAGGGCCAAGAAACGCAAACCACCUCGAGCGCCGAGGCAAGGAGGGCUCCGUUCGAUCCAGCGGCAAGCAAGCGAACCAGCGAUGGAGAUGAAGAAGGUCCUCUGCGCCGCGCUCGUCGCCGCCGCCUCGGCCACCGCCGUGCUGGCCUCGGCCUCCGAGGCGCCCUCCGAGGCGCCGGCCGGCGCGGUCGGCGGCGCGGCCGGGCCCUCCGCCAGCGGCGCCGCCGCCGGCGCCGUGCCCGCCGCGGGGGCGCUCAUCGCCUCCUUCCUCCAUAAGUACGCGACCGCCGCCUCCCCUUUCUCCUCCAACGAUUUUCAGUUCAGUUCAAUCACUCCCCCAGCCAUCGCCUCGCGCAGGCGCACGCCGAGCUCGCCCUCCUCCCUCAUUUCCCUUCCGCGCCCCGGCCUCGGUUCCCCCAAGGCCCAAACCCUAGCGAAGGAGGAGGGAGCUGGGCGGGGGGCGAAUGGACCGGCAGGUGUUCCACAGGGCGCUCGGGCUCUCGCUCGUCGGCGGCCUCAGCACCGCCAUCGGUACGGUGCGCUGUUUGUGGUUUUGAAUCCAGCCCCUAACCUUAAGAUGCUUGGGCUUCUACAGGGUUUUGCUGCUGGGCUUAUGCUGAGCAUCUCCUUUCUGGAUCUGGCACACAAUGCAAUAAAUUCUAUUGGCUUCUUGAAGGGCAACCUCUGGUUUUUUGCAGGAGUUCUUUUCUUUGGUUUCAUUGUCAAGUUUAUUCCAGAGCCAGCCUUUUCACCACAAGCUGAUCCAAGCGAGAAAAAGGCUGAUGAUGGUGGGUCGGGCAAAGAUAUGAUGAGAAAACAUCGCCGGCAAGUGUUAUUCAGUGGUAUUAUUACUGCUGUUGGAAUUAGCUUGCACAAUUUUCCAGAGGGAAUGGCUGUAUUUCUUGGGUCUGUGAAGGGUCUUCAUGUGGGUCUGAACUUGGCUGUUGCUAUCGCUUUACAUAACAUACCAGAGGGGGUUGCUGUAGCUCUUCCAAUCUAUUUUGCUACCAAGAGCAAAUGGCAGGCAUUUUAUAUGGCAGCAGGAUCUGGUUUGGCUGAGCCAGUAGGAGUAAUUGCUGUAGCUUACUUGUUCCCAAGCAGCUUGAAUCCUGACAUUCUUGAAGGCCUACUUGGAUCUGUUGGUGGUGUUAUGGCUUUCCUCACUCUGCAUGAAAUGCUGCCUCUUGCGUUUGACUAUUGUGGCCAGAAGCGAGCUGUCAAAGCAGUAUUUUUGGGAAUGGCAUGCAUGUCUGCAAGCUUGUACUUCUUGGAGAUCAGCCUACCAAAGGAAAUAAGCUUGUAGCAUCACAUCUGUAGCGCCACAAGUGGUCCACAAUGUCAUCUGAAUUCUGGAGCUGAGAGUUUGUCAGUAGAUCCUGAUUUCCGGCAGGGGAACGUUUGUUCCUGGAGGAUUCAUCGAUCAUAUGACCAUAUGUUUAAACAGUAGGCAUCACACCAAAACAUCAGAACGAAAGCAAGAACAAUGGCUAGAUGUGUCGGAGGAGGGGAAAACUGCAUUUCCCCAGGAUGUGAAAGCCAGAUUAGUUGUUCAGAAGAUGCGUAGCAACUGAAAACAAUCGAGAAAUUGUAUCCGUUGGUCGACAAUGAAAGCUUCAAAAGUACACCAAUCACACUAUUUCUUCCA